GCCAGCAGCGCGCGGCGCGAGCCGCCUGAGGGAAACUAUAAUUCCCAUGAUGCACCGGUGCGGCAGGGCGGGCUCGGGGCGGAACCAAUCAGGCAGGGCGUGGUGAAGGGGGUGGCCAAUGGGGAGGAGGCUGGCGGCGGUUGGAGUUUGAAUUUGGAAGGGGGCUGAGGCAGGGCUGCCGUUAGGGUGUGGGGCUCGCGCGCUCGCCGCGUACCUGGGACCCCUGCGCUUGGUGCGCGUGGCUGUGGUUUUGGCGGGCGGCGCGGGCUGAGGGACGCUUUCUUCUUCCCUCCGGCCGCUGCCAGGAGAGCGCGGGGCUCCGCACCCCGGCGUGAGGGAAGAGGGGCGGGGGCGUCCCGGGGACGAACCGCCAUUCUGGAACUGCGUAGCAAACAGCUUCUCCUCUCGCUCAGUGCUAGCGGGGAGCCUGCUCGCUUGCUACGCGGUGGGGGAGAGUCUCCGCCGCUUUGCUCGUCCCCUCCCAGCAGGGAGGCAGGGGUCGGGACUCGCCUUUACCACAAGCCCGCUACAACGGCUCGUAGGCGAAAAGCCAGAGGGGCCUGACUCAGUUUACGGCGCUGCCGGAGGUCGCCGGUCGCCAGCCUCAGAGAAGAAUCUAAAGGAGAGGCUGUCAUGUCACAGGACUGCAACGAUGAGUGGGAGCUGAGCAAAGAGAAUGUGCAGCCCCUCCGGCAGGGGCGUGUUAUGUCCACCUUACAGGAAGCCCUGGCUCAGCAGGAGAGCUCCACCCACACUGCUGUUCAGCUCAAAAGACAGGAGUUUGAAUCAGAAAUCCGAUUUUACUCUGGAGAUGAUCCACUGGAUGUCUGGGACCGGUACAUCAAGUGGACAGAGCAAAUGUUCCCUCAAGGUGGAAAGGAGAGUAAUCUCGCCGCAAUAUUGGAAAGGGCAGUGAAAGCACUCAAUGAACAGCAGCGAUACUACAAAGAUCCCCGCUAUCUUAGUCUCUGGCUCAAGUUUGGAGAUUGUUGUAAUGAGCCCUUGGAUCUGUACAGUUACCUACAUAGCCAAGAAAUUGGCACAACACUGGCACUAUUCUACAUCACAUGGGCAGAAGUACUUGAGGCUAGAGGAAGUUUUAAGAAAGCAGAUCUGAUAUUCCAGGAAGGUCUUCAGCGCAAGGCUGAGCCUUUGGACAAACUCCUGUCCCAUCACAGGCAAUUUCAGGCCCGUGUUUCUCGGCAGACGCUACUGGGGCUUGAGGAAACUGCUGAUGAAAAAGAUACGGGUCUUCUGGGAACUGCAGAACCUCAGAGAAGCUCACUGGCAGAUCUAAAAGGCAGGGGGAAGAAAAAAGUGAGAGCCCCAAUUAGUCGUGUAGGAGAUGCACUUAAAGCCACGAACCAAACCAGAAGCUUCCAGACUGUAACUUCUCAGCAGUUUUCAAAUACUCCAGGUUUUGCCGUGUUUGAUGAAAAUUCAGCUUCUGGACCUGAGAUUCCUGUACUUACACCACAGCCGUGGACAGCACCUCCAGCUCCACGGGCCAAGGAGAAUGAACUAAGCGCAGGACCUUGGAACUCUGGCAGGCGUCCUCGCAGCAGUGCAAAUUCUGGUAUAGAAGUGCCCUGCCCACUGCCCAGUUUCACCCCGUAUGUGGAAGAGUCAGCUCAGCAACAAGUCAUGACUCCCUGCAAAAUUGAACCCAGCAUAAACUGUGUUUUAAGUGCUCGCAAACCUGAGAAAGAGGAGGACCCACUACAGCGAGUGCAAAAUUAUCAGCAGCACACUCAAGAAAAGAAAGAGGUGGUGAUGUACUGUAAAGAUAAAGUUUAUGCUGGAGUUGAAGAAUUUUCUUUGGAAGAGAUCCGAGCUGAAAUCUACAGAAAGAAAGCAAAAAAGAAAACUGAAGAGGAGAUGCAGGCCAUAGCACAGAAAAAGGAAGAAAUACAAAGGAAAAUUGAGGAGCUGGAGAAGAAAUUAAAGAUGAAAGAAGAUGACAAGCAGCAACAGCUGCGUGAACAGCCAACAGAGAUAACAGAAGCUUCACCACCUUUGGGACUGCAAGGACUUACUUUUUCCUGUGCAACAGAAGUUGGGGAGAAACAGCCUCAGCUGCAAAGUGAAUUCCAGGUCUCUGAAGAUACUGAACUACAUAAACCAUCUUGUUCUGAGGAGCUUAUCCAGUCUCUUGAUGUAUGCCCAGAUACACAAAGGGGAAAUGUGUUUUUAGACUCUGAGGAUGAACAGGAGGAACAGAGAGAUGAGGCCAACCUUGGAAACAAAGAUGUAGGUCUCCUUCCUCCACCCAAUCCUGCUACAUUUUUCUCCAUAUUUGAUGAAUCCUCUACUUUGGCAAAUGAGAAUAUAAGUUGUCCUGCAGAUCAUAUACAGAAAAGUGCCCGGCGCCCUCUUGCUGUUCGUAAACCUUCAGAUUCUCUAACUGCAAAGGAAAAUGUACCCCCAGAAGCCUGUGAUGAGCUGAAUGGAAUUGAACCUUUGUCUGAAGAUGCAAUUGUGACAGGCUCCUACAAGAAUCAAACCAUUUGUGCCAACCCAGAAGACACAUGUGACUUUGUCAGGGCUGCCCAUCUGGCCUCAACGCCCUUUCAUGGGGUGUUAGCUCAGAGAGUCCCAGCUCCUGCUUUUUCACAGAGUGUCCUGAAGGAAGACUGUCCAGAAUCUAAGAGUGCAUCUCUGAAUCAGGAAACGCUGGUUUGUGAGGGAGUGUACAAUGAAGCUCGUUGUGUAAAUAAACUGAGCCCAAUCAUGGAAGCAAGCCUGGAAGAUACUCGCUUGUCAGGUUCUUCUGUCUCCUCAGGAUCUUCUCUUUCCUCUGUUACACAAAUAUCUACUAUUAAAUACCGGCAUAUCCCUGAGAAACUGGAACUUGCUCAGAGCUUGCCUGCUGAAACGGUUACUGAUUCUGGAGGUAUCAGUGAAAGCAUUACUGCUGAUGAUGUAACGCAGUUCUUGUGGAGCGCUGAACAGCGUAAAAAACUUUUAGAUCCUAUGCCAGAAUCAUUGACUGCUGCUCCAGAUUUUCAUUUGGAGACUGGUGUUCUGCCUGUCAUGGAGUUUGAGAAAGACAUUGAGCUAGGAAAUGAGACUUACUGUAUCAAAUGGGAAUAUUGGAGCAAUGAAGAAUACAAGAUGGUUUUUGCCAUUCCAGCCAACUUUCCCCAGUUGGAUGCAAAGGGAUUUGCAAUAAAGGUGUAUUCUCAGCCUGUGCCUUGGGAUUUUUAUAUCACACUUCAGUUACAGGAGCGUUUGAAUACUGACUUUGACCAAAGCUUCAGUGAGAAUUGCAGCUGUUACUUGUAUCAAGAUGGCUGUGCUAUUUUGCACAGGGAUAUAAAUCGCUUCACGCUUGGGGAUGUUAUUCGUGGCUGUAAGUCCAUGACGGAGGAAGUUAUCCUACUGGUUGUUUAUAAUCUUCUGGGUGUGGUAGAGAAGCUCCACAAAGCAGAGAUUGUCCAUGGAGAUCUGAGUCCAGAGGUGUUCUUUCUGGGAGACAGGAUCUGUGAUCCAUUUGCUAACGAUGAGAUGACAAGAGCUCUGAAGAUAGUGGAUUUCUCUCACAGUCUAGAUUUGAGAUUACAGCCUCGAGUAAGUUUGCCCAACAGCUUUCCCAUAUCUCAGACCCCUCAUGGACAACAGCUUCUGGUGAAAAGUUCUCUUCCUUAUCAGGUAGACCUGGUUGGCAUUGCAGAUAUAGUCCAUUUGAUGCUGUUUGGGGUUCAUGUCCAGGUCUAUCAAGAGAAUUCCAUCUGGAAAAUCAGCCAAAAUGUAUCAAAGACUGUUGACAGUGAUUUCUGGAGUAAACUUUUUGGGAGAAUUCUGAAUGCAGAUGGUAAGUCCACAGUGCCUCUGCUGAGGGAGUUAAGAGAGGAAAUAAGUGGCAUGUUUGACAGCUGUUUCCAAGAACGUCUUUGUGAAUCCUUAGCUGCACUGGGAGAAACUUUCCUCUUGGAGAACUUCCUGUGAUUUUGUAGAGGACAAAUACAUUUUGUAUUAUAGAGAGGAAUUUGUUGUUAACUUUUUAUUUAUUGUUUUUCAAAUGUAAGCAUGAACAGUGAUUGUAGCCAUUUCUGCAAUACUUCACAUGGGACUCGCUAAAGAAUGUUGAUAUUGCAUCAGUGCGUAGGUGAUCUCCUAAGCCUCCUACAUGAACUAGUCCGUGUCUGAGCAGCUUGCCAGAGAAAAUUGGUUGUCGUAACUGUCCCCUUUUUGUAUAGCUCCUUAAAAAUGUGUUUAAUACCUAGUUCACACUGCAGUUUCUGAAACGUCUUUGUCCUACGUUUGGUUGGUCUUUUAAUCAGUAUUUCAUCAAUAAAGUUGUAUUUUGAUAGCAACUCUGUCAUAUUAAAUAUUACUGUCAGAUGGUUUCAAAAGACUUGAUUUAACAUCCAUGAUGGACUGCUUCUGCCUGACUGGGAAUUGUUUGUGACUGCUAGAUACAAAAGCCCCUCAUUUGGUGGCAGCUUUCAUAACCACACAGGACUUCCUGGACACUUGAACACAACUUGAAUGAUUCUACUUGGAAUGUGCUGUCAUGGAUGAUUGUCAUAAGAAAAAGUAGAUGAAGUAAUGAAUGAAAAAGAUGCAUACUUAUAUUUUUGCUUCUCAAUGCGUUUCAUUUACUUCUGCAAGGGCUAGAGUUACUGAAUUGAGCAUCUUUCAGAAAUCUCACUGAAGUCUAAAUUUGUCAUGUGCUGAAGUGUUUGCAGGUUUUUUGGGGAGGUUUUGUGGGUAGAUAUUUGUGUUAACCUUUUAUGCACUGUAUUACUGAAACCAAUACAAAGGCUUCAUUUUAUUCAAGAGAACAGGAUUUACAGGAUCCACAACUAAGAUGCUAUGUAUCUUAAGUGUAGAGGAACUUCUCAGACUUGGGAUUUACUUCCUCACAGCUUCUCCCACGUAUGAAAGUGAGAGUAGAAGACUGUAUCACUAGUGGUUUCUUCUCCCUAUAAAACCAAAUUGGCUGUAAGUGUUUUUUCAUUUGGUCAAAUUCUCUGGCCAUGGUUCUGCUUGAUUCUCCCCUGUUUAUCUGUUAUCUCUAAAUUCUGCUCUGGAACUUAAUUCUGUAUUUUCUAAGUUGUUACAAGCUAGCUUCUUUUUUCCUGUUCUUUCUGCAUAUGUCCAUCACGACUCCUCUUGCUUAGACCUGUGUUCUUUUUGCUCUUGCAGAUACCUAAUACCUUCUUUAGAGUCCAUUCAUGAAGGUUAUAUACUCUUGUAAUUUGGGAAUAGGACUUAAAUGCCCUGAUAGACAAACUUUAAUAUCUAAUGUAAACUGCUGCUGAAGAAUUCUUUUUGUAUGUUAAUGCCUCAAAUAAUGCUUCCUGUAACGCAAGUCAUUAGUUAGUCAUCUAUUGAGCAAGCAGAUGAAAUAAUGAUCUAUCUCUAGCCAGAGUUUGGAGCGAAGAUCACCGGUAGAGCAACUAGGAGCUAUGCAUUGGACUAACUUCUGUUAGCUCUAAAAGGACUUGCAUGUUUGUUAGUGCUUUCCUUUAGUUGAAAUUUGUUUUCUUUUGCUGAUCUUCUUACUUCCUUUUAGACAAAGUCUGGGGGAUCUCACUUACUGUCCUCUCACUUUCAGCCUUUUCAGUUUAUAUCCUGCAACACUGAUAUGAAAACCAGGUAGCUUAGGAAGAGAACGCUCAUAACAAAGUAUUGAUCAUCCCAAGGACUUCUCAGGCAAGACAUGUUUCCAGUCAACGUGGAACAACUUCACUACCUCUUCACCUAUUUCAUAAAUUUUAUUCACCAGAAAGCUUUUGAGAACAGUCUGAACACACAGAUAAGAGCUCUCAGCAGAAGUUCAGUAAAGGAAAUUUGUUCCUCAGGUAUUUAAAAUCUGUAAGUGAAUCUAUUUGUCUUUACUCUAACGAAGUCUACUUUAAAGCUGAAAUACUCCAUUAUUACUCCUAUGUUGACUUGGCAUCUGUUUUCUUUCUGAGCAAAAAGUGUGCUAAUCCUUCUCCAUCUACUAAGACUACCUUCGAUCAGUUGCAUAAAAGCAUGCAUCGUUACUUUUCAUGUAUGUCCCAGACAACACAAGCACCUCAGUUUAUCAUAACUAGAAAAUUAUUGGAACUCCUCUCCUACCCAAUACUGUAAAAUAAGAAACAUUUAGCAAUGGCAUUACAAACUUCUCCAUAAGAAACAAACACACACAAAUAAUGAAGAGGAACUAGCAGCUAUAAAAAGAAAGAGCAGACAUCUCUCUUCUGCUUGUUCACAGUUCUACUCUGAUGGAACUCUGCAUCUCUUCCACACAGGUUAGUCUCUGCCUACCCUAUCCUGUAAGUUGAUUGCACCAAUAUGUAAAAGGAGGUCAGGAAGCUCUUUCAGACAUCCCUGUUGUAUCUCUGUUCAAGUUUUGUUCUUGAAGCAACUGGGUGCAACCAUGAUCCAAUACAUUCCUUGGUCUUAUUUUCUUUUGUGCGCUCUUAUUCAUAUAAUAAACAAUAUAUUAAAAUCUGCAAUAGCUCAGAUUCCAUCACCGUAUUUUUUUAGUGAUAACCUCACUAGGACUUCUAGGCCUAGCCAUAAGGUAUAAUUUCACCCUACCCUCUACCUCUUGUGGCACUUAUUGUCAUCUUGGCAUCUGUAGAUGCCUCUUUUCCUCUGAAGAUGUUAGGACAAUUUUGAUCUCUAAGCAUCUUGUGGGCAAGGCUGGUGUCUCUUCUAUUUCAUGACUGGUCUAUUACAAUCAUGGCCUGUGAGAUCUUGGAGCAUGUCCGUCUUUUGCACAAUGAUUCAAAAAGUGAUGCUUAGGAAAAACUUGUCUAAGGUUGGAGGCAGACAGUUACUUUAAAAAAAAAAACAAAAAAAAAAAACCCAAAACCCCAAACCAACCAAAAAACAAACCUACAACAUGGCUUCAUGCCUGCUAAUGUGUGCUUUGUAUCAGAGGGUAAAUAGGUUUGAUCAUGUUCAGUUACCAGAAAGUAAUACCAUUGGCAUCUGGAAAGGAAGGUGCCAAGUUGACUAAUGUUUCCUGGGCGAAAUGCCACACACUUGAAAUCUUACAUAUCCAUUCUACUUGUCUUUGGUUCUUCUGUGUGUGAUGUGAAAACAUCAAACUCUUAUUAAAAUAAAAUAAAGGCUACCUUGCCUAAGUAAACUGGUUUCAGCAGAAUGACAUUUCCUUAAUCGUACAGUUGGUGGAUAUAACACAAGUUGUGUGGUAUUUGUCAAUAUGAAUCUUGGUCAAACAAAGCGCCUACUGAAUUUGGCAAAUCUGUGGUUAAAUUUCAGAGUUGGAAGAGCUCUGUUGUAAAUGUAGGAGAUGACAGACAGAAUUGUAGAAGGAGGUAUACUAUUUCAGUGUCCUAGAAAACCAAUUAUUCCUAAA